CUUUUGCAUAUAAACUUGGAUACAUGAAUUGCCUGCCUUCAGAUUACUAUUAUGCUUCCACGGGAACCGUAUAAGGGCUCAACGCGAAAGCUAGUGCUUGCAUUUGAUGUCGGGACCACGUUCAGUGGAGUCUCGUAUUGUAUGCUAGAUCCGGGGGAGGUGCCUGUAAUUCGAGGAGUAGCAAGAUAUCCUGCGCAAGAACAUGUUGGAGGUGACUCCAAAAUUCCAUCAAUUCUUUACUACGACCUUCAGGGAAACGUCCGAGCCGUGGGUGCUGAGGCUCUGCAGGAGCAUAUCAAGGAACAGGCAGAAGACGAGGGAUGGUUGAAGCUUGUAUGGUGGAAACUUCAUCUUCGCGCCAAGCAUCUGGCAUCGUCUCACAUACGAGAUGGCGAUAUAAAACCUCUCCCACGAGGCAAAUCCGCAGUAGAAGUCCUCGCCGACUUCAUGCGCUACCUCUUCCAAUGCGCUCGAACUUAUAUCCAAGAAUCACACUUGGAUUUCUGGAGAUCGAUCAAGAACUCCAUCGAGUUCGUAUUCACGCAUCCCAACGGUUGGGAAGGCCAACAACAACAACAAAUUAGACGCGCUAUCGAGCUCGCUGGCCUCAUAUCAUCUAAAGAGGAGCAAUCACACGUGCACCUCUUGACUGAGGGCGAAGCGAGUCUUCAUUUCUGUGUUACCAACGUGAUUGCAUCAGAUACAUUCUCCAAAACCCCUAUAGAUGUGUCAGGUUACUCUGACGACGAGGAAGAUCAAUCUGACAACCAGGGAGUCAUUAUUGUUGAUGCCGGAGGUGGAACCAUCGAUCUCAGCGCUUACUCAAUGAGGCUAUCUCCGACCUCUUUCGAGGAGAUUGCCCCAGCUGAAUGUUGCUUGCAGGGCUCAGUCCUUGUUACUACUCGUGCCACUACUCUGUUACAAAGGAAGCUUUCGGGCUCGAAGUACUCCGACUCCACGAUUAUCGCACAAAUGGCAGAAACCUUCGACAACAGCACGAAACUUCGGUUUCGUAAGCCCGAUGAACCAUCUUACAUUAAAUUUGGUACUAUCCUUGACAAGGAUCUCAAGUACGGCAUUCGGUCAGGGCAAUUGAAAUUGGCCGGCCAGGACGUUGCCGACUUGUUUGAACCAUCCAUCGAAGCCAUUAUCGAGGCUUUUGAGCAGCAGAGACGCGCGGCCUCGAUUCCAAUCAAUUUGGUUUGUUUGGUUGGCGGUUUCGCUGCCAGCGACUGGCUAUUCGCGAGACUCCAGGAAUAUUUUCUACCCCUAGGCAUUAGCUUCUGUCGCCCCCAUGCUCAUGCCAAUAAAGCUGUUGCUGAUGGGGCAGUUUCAUUCUACAUCGACCACCUAGUGUCGUCUCGAGUUGCACGCGCCACUUAUGGCGUUGAAUGCUGUACAGAGUACAACUUUCUAGAUCCUGAACACCUGGUCCGACAACAUAAGGGCGUCAUCGAUAUGGACGGCGGAACGUAUAUCCCGGAAUGUUUUGAGAGUAUCUUGCUGAAGGGAACACAAGUAUCUGAGCAACGCGAAUUUCGGAAGUCCUUUAAAGCCACCCGGAAAUCACUUGCUGCAUGCAAGAGUCACAGCACGGACAUAAUGUGUUACAAGAGUGCCCUCCAGGAGCCGCGGUGGUUGGACACUGAACCAUCCUCAUUUACCACGCUAUGCACGAUUCAUGCUGACCUCCACGAGCUAUCCCGAACACUUCGUCCUAAAAGAUCGGCUCUACAUCAAUCGAAGUAUUACGAGUUUGAAUUCGACGUCAUCAUUUUAUUUGGCCACACAGAACUGAAAGCACAGAUCAGUUGGGAGGAAAAGGGUGUUGAAAUGCGGAGCCCGGCAAGUAUAGUUUACGACGAGUAGUGUCAAGGCCGAACUGCAACUCUUUGUACUUGUUGCAAGUCGCAAAAGCGUGCCAGUAUCGUGUAGGACAGUCGUACCAUCUGAAUCAUCUAUAUCCAUGUUCACCUCAAA